ACCAAGGAGCUGAGUUGGCAUAACGGAAAAAAACGGUUACAGUGGGAGCUUUCGUUGGAUCGUUCCAAGUUGAAAGAAAAGGAGGUUUCAAGGAGGAGAGAAAAGACAUAAAGAGGAGAGAAGUGUAAGAGAGGAGGGGGUUCGAAUUCUGUUCUUGUGUUUGAGAAUCUGAGAUAGCGAAGAGGGAGAGAUUUCCUUGGAGUUUAGGUUUCAGACUUGGAGAGGAGGGUUUUUAGAAAAGAAAAGGGGCAGAAACCAGUUUCUUCUCCAGCGGUUACAAAGAAGUGAAGGCCAAGAAAUUGCGAUACUUGGGAGGGUCUUCAUCCGCCGUCCAUGACUCUGCUAAUCCGCUCUUAGUUUCUGAGAAGUAGUGGCAGCUUUCAAGCUUGAGUCGACCCACCAUUUCUGGAAGCCAAGGUGCAAAGGGCUGUGGUUUCGCUAUUCUACCUCCUCUUCUCUGAAUCCUCUUUCGCUUCAGAAGGGAUCAUCCUGUGUAACAGCAUGGAGGCUAUAGCUGAGUCGCCUAAACAUCAGAAGAGAGAUAAUGGUGAAUACUAUUGGAAAACGGCAGGGGAAGAGGAAGAGACUUGGUCCGUACUUCCAGAUCACCUUUUAUGGAUGAUCAGAGAAAGGCUAAAUUUUGUUCAGAAUUUGUACGUGGCUGCUGUCUGUAAGAAUUGGUGGUCCGCAUCUCCAACUUGCUCCAACAUUACCACCACCAGGUUCUCAUUGCCAUGGAUCAUGGGUUAUAGGGGUCAUGAUAGCACUGAACAAGAGUUCAUAGAUCCCUGGUACAGAAAGAAAUAUAUCAUUAAUCUCCCAGAUCUCUCCAGAGCCCAUGUCAUUUACUCGAAAGAAGGAUGGCUGCUUGUACUUAAGACAAUUGGAGUGGAAAACAGAAUGGGACCAACACUAACAAGAACGAAGUCAAUUGAAGGAAGUAAGGAAUGUUCUCCUUUCUUACUCAACCCUCUUACUAAAGCCAAAAUUGAGUUGCCAAAACUGCCUUAUGCAUGUGUGCUAGCUGGAACAUUCUCUAUCAUCGAUGGUGCUAUUGGCCAUGUGGCUUUUGCUGCUUAUGAUGAUGGUGUGAUCUUCCCUUCAAGUGGGGACUCAGAUUCUCCAAAUCUCUUUAUUGCCAACCUGAGGGACAGAAGUGGAGAUGAUGAAACAUCAUGGAUGUGGUUCAAGUAUACACCACCUUUUGGGGUUGAAAAUAUAGACCGUGUGGUUGGUUUCUUAAUUAUUGGGGGUUUGUUGUACCUCUUUGAUGCCAAGGCAGGGAUGUUUGUUUUUGACUUGUUAACUCUUGCAUGGAAAGAGUACCGGAGAUUUGGAAAUGUUGACAUAUUCAGUUACAUUUUGGAGUGCGAGGGGGAAAUCAUAGAUAUGCAUAUGAAUGAAUGGAGGGAUGGUUUUAGAUUUUUCAAGUUGAAUCUGAAUGACUCCUCAGAUAGUGAGGUUGAUUGGGUGGAGCUAAAAGAUGAUGAUGUACUCAUACAGGACAGGGUUUGGUUCACUGGACAGAGGUCUAGCUCUUCUUUUACAAGAAAAGUAAAAUUGGAUGAAGGAAGCUCAAUGAAGAAAAUAGUCUACCACAAUAGAGUCAUCUUCCAGAAGGAUUAUAGAGCAGCUAAGUGGAUUUUGAGCAAGGUUGAAUUUGAUGGCUUGGAGAAAUCGGGUGUAUAUGUUGAUCAAAAGCAUCAUUACCUUCCACUUUGGGUGGACAUUAGUUAAGAUUUGUAUUAUAUGAAAAAGGACAUACCCAGUGCACAAGGCAUCGGCAUAUGUGAGGUCCAGAGGCGAGAACUACUUGAUUUUUAUUAUAUUAUAUAUGUCUAACGUUUACUAUUAAAAUAUUUCUUUUUAAUCUAAAUAGUAAAUUUAAACUUAA